UUGAAGAUUGGAUCAUUGAUAUCUUUAGAUUAUAAAUGGAAUUUAUAUAAUUUAGAAGAAGAUGGAGAGGAAUAUAAUAUAGCUAUUAAAGGAUGUCAUCAAAGAGCUGCAAAUCGUAUUUUAGAUGGUUGUUUAAAAAAUGGUGGUUUAUAUAUCAAAUUAGGACAAGGGCUGGUAUCAAUGAAUCAUAUAUUACCAAGUGAAUAUAUCAAUACAUUAGUACAGUUACAAGAUAAAGCUUUAAAACGAGGUCCGCAUGAGGUAGAGGAACUAUUUUUAGAAGAUUUUGGAAAAUUACCAUUAGAGGUAUUUAAAGAAUUUGAUGCAGUUCCUAUAGCAGCUGCUAGUUUAGCUCAAGUUCAUAAAGCUGUUACAAAGGAGGGAGACAGGGUGGCUGUAAAGGUUCAGUAUAUAGAUUUACGUGAUAGAUUUGCUGGUGAUAUUAAAACUUGUGAAAUACUAUUGAAGAUGGUAGGAUGGGUUCACCCUAAAUUUGGCUUUGCUUGGGUCCUGCAGGACUUGAAGCAUACUUUAGCUCAGGAAUUAGAUUUUGAAAAUGAGGGUCAAAAUGGUGAAAAAUGUGCCAAAGAUUUAAGUCACCUAUCUUAUAUUUAUGUUCCUAAGAUAUACUGGGAUAAAACAACUAAGAGAGUUUUAACGACUCAGUUUAUAGAUGGAUGUAAAAUAAGUGAUAAGCUAUCUAUCAGUAAAAUGGGGCUUUCUUUAAAAGAUGUAAAUUAUAAGUUAGUCAAAUGUUUCUCUGAUCAGAUAUUUCUCUCAGGUUUUGUCCAUGCUGAUCCACAUCCUGGAAAUAUAUUUAUAAGAAAAAAUAAAAGUGGAAAAGCUGAGCUAGUUUUAUUAGAUCAUGGUUUAUAUGAUAAAUUAUCACCAAAACAUCGUCAUGCAUUAAGUAGUUUAUAUAAAGCCAUCGUUUUAAAUGAUGAGAACAAAAUGGAGAAAUUUUCUCAUGAACUUGGUGUUGAAGACUAUGCAAUAUUUAGCGAAAUAAUCAUACAAAGACCAUUAGCCAGGCAAACAUUACGCUUUCAUAAACUUACGCCUGAAGACAUUGAAAACAUGAAAAAAGAAGUUCAAAAUCGUUUUGAUGAAAUAAUGAUAGUGUUACGUGAUAUGCCUAGAAACAUGCUCUUAGUUAUCAGAAAUUUAAACACUAUUCGAGCUAUUAUAAGAGAUCAUGAUAAUAUUAUAGAUAGAUAUGGUAUCAUGGCUAGAAGGUAA